AUUUGUAGGAGUUAUUCCACAAGAGAUUCAUCAUCUUGAUAAUUUACUAGAGUUGGACUUGAGUUCGAACAAGUUGUCUGGCACUUUGCCACCAACCAUUUUCAACAUGUCUUCCUUGGCAUGGAUUGACUUAUCAAGUAACACACUUAGCGGGGCAUUGCCUUCAGAAAUUGGGAACAUGAAAGCACUACUAGAGUAUUUAAACCUUCAAUACAAUGCUUUAACCGGUACAAUUCCGAGAGAAAUGGGGAACAUGGAAGCACUACGGUUUUUAUACCUUGAAAACAAUAGUUUAACUGGUACUAUUCCAAAAGAGAUUGGAAAUCUUCAUAAUUUGCAGUAUAUGUGGUUGGAUUCCAACAAAUUAAUCGGUGAGCUUCCAUCCUCCAUCUGUAACUUGACAUCUCUUCAUGCUCUAAUUCUCUCAAAUAACACCUUGGAAGGAACAAUUCCACGAUGCUUUGGAAACUUGAGCUCUUUGACCAUCUUUCAUUUAAAUGAAAAUCAGUUUAGUGGUCUCAUUCCAUCAACAUUUAGCGAGGGGUGUAAUCUUGUGUCCAUCAAUUUGAAUGGUAAUAAAUUGCAAGGGCCAUUACCUAAAUCCUUGAUCAAUUGCCGAAGUCUACAAGGCCUCGACGUUGGAAAUAAUAGAAUACAAAACGAAUUUCCCUUUUGGAUGGAAGUCCUUCCAAACCUUCGAGUGUUGGUCUUGAGGUCUAACAAGUUUUAUGGUAACAUGUCACUUCCUUCGCAAACCAAGAUUCCAUUUCAUAAUUUGCAAGUUUUAGAUAUAUCUCGGAAUAGAUUAGUGGGAUCUCUACCUCAAAGAUAUUUCAAGAAUUUCAAAGCAAUGAAAGAGGAAAAUGAGAAAAUCACAUCAAAUGAGUUUGAAAAUUAUGUGGAGAUGAGGCUCACCUUGAAAGGUUUGGAUCAAUUAUUAGAGAGAUUGUUGUCGGCCUUUACAACAAUUGACUUAUCCUCCAACAGGUUUUCUGGGAGUAUUCCAAAUUCCAUAGGAAAUCUUAAGAUUCUCAAAUACUUGAAUCUGUCCCACAAUAACCUCAUAGGAAAUAUCCCUUCAUCUCUUGGAAAUUUGAGUGAACUUGAAUCUUUAGACUUGUCGGUGAACAAGUUGGAUGGAGAAAUUCCAAGUGAAUUGACAGGGUUGACAUUUCUUGCGAAAUUAAACCUUUCAAUGAAUAAUUUUGUGGGACAAAUACCACAGUCUAAGCAGUUUUCCACAUUUGAGAAUGAUUCAUACGUGGGAAACUUGAGACUGUGUGGAGUUCCGUUGACGAGAAAAUGCAACGACGAGAAUGGGCAUGGGAUGAAGCCACAAGAAGAUGAUGAUGAAGAAGAUGAGUUUGGAUUUAUAGAUGGAUUUGGAUGGAGAAGUGUGGUGAUGGGAUAUGGAAGUGGAUUCAUAGUUGGAAUUGGAAUUGGUUACAUUAUCAUUAGAAAUGGAAGGCCAAGAUGGUUAGUGGAAUUCUUUUUUGGCAUUGGAUAUAAUAAUAAUAAUAAUAAUAAGAAGAAGAAGAAGAAGAAGAAGAGACGCAGCAGAGCUACACCAACACCAACACGCAGGAGAACUUAAUUGAAGGCUUUUGCUCGAAUUGUGUUUUCUUUUUCUUAUUUCCUUUGUAAUGGCUACGUUAGUGUGUUUUUAGAGUUUACGAAAUGUUGUUGUUUGUUCAAAUAUGUGAAGUUUUAAUUUUAUCUCGUUUAGGUAAUUUUUUGGAUAAACUAAAACAGUUUUGUGAUUUUAUUUGUUAAAUAUUUAGAUUA